UCCUUUUUGACCCCCACCUCCACACCCCCUCUCGCCACAGCUCCCUCCCUCCCUCCCUGGUUUGCUUGUUUGUUUGCUUGCUGACUUUUCCCUUCAAUUCUUCAAUUCUUCUUCUGCUUCUUCUUCGUCUUUAUUAGUCUACCCUGCUGCAUCUUGGUCUGUAUUGUGCUGCUUUCUCACCGCCCUCCAUCCUCUCUACCUCUUCGUUGUCGUUGCUGCUGCUGCUUACUUAUUUUAUUUGAUUACCCAACACUAUGGCCUCAGAGGAUGACGAAUCCGACUUCAGCAGUGAGGAUAUCAAGAGGUGCGUUCUAACCAAGGAUCCUAGUACAUUUAUGAUGACGGACAGUGAUAACCACGGUAAAGAUCCUGCGACAGGCUCUACUGGAACUCGAGACGCACAUUUAGAUUCUACUUCCGAGAAACAUUCUCCUCCUUCUGGGAACCUCGGUAGUGGCGGUGGCCCGGAGACUGUGUCAGACAUGCAGCCCCUUACAGAAGACUCCUACGGUGGUGGUUUAUAUGGACACGACGCACCCAACACCCCAACAUCGCAGUACACAUGCCAUGCUAGUGACUUCCAGAGUGCUGAAGGUCAAGAAUCCGACAUGCCUGACAGGAAAGGAGUUCAUGAACCCCCUUCUUCUGGUGAUCGUGCGACUGAUAUCACUGGUAUCUCCUACAUACAGUGAGUAUUAAAACAAAAGAAUCUGUUUUGAGGUCAAUGUUACCUUUCUUUAUAUGCGAUUUUGAGUGGCUCAGUGCUGCUAAAUUAUGUUACGCAUUUUGUUGCAUCGCUGUCAGCCCAAGCUGUGUGUAGAGAUGAUAUAAGAAGCUUCAGGAGCAACGGCCUCGCGUUAUUGAUCCUGAAUCACCUACAGGAUGUAGGAUUAAAGUAUACUCGGCCCAGCAAGUGGAUGCAGGGCGCUAUGUUUCUGUAUAUAAAGCUAAUGUCUACAAGUAGUUUGUUCAGAAAUGCUCCAGAAACGUUCCAGAAACGAGAACAGUUAAGGAAAGCAUAAGGUCUUUCUUUGAUGAUGGAGGAGUUGCGGCUAAAGUUUACCGAUUUAGUGGAUGAUUAAAGGUAACCAGUAACCUGUUCAGAUGUAAGUUUGUACAACCUUCAUAUCUACUUGACAAGCUAAUAUCCACGAAAAUUUCGUUUAUCUGGUGAAACCUGCUACUUCUGUAAUUUUUUAAGAUUAUGCUGUCGGCAUUUUCAUAAAUGCGGCAGAAGUCAUAAGGGUGAAAUAGGCAAAACUCCAAUAUAUUUUUGUUGUUGUGCCUACUGUGACUUAUCAUAAACACUUUCAUGCUUCCACGAAUGGUGGAAGUUCACCCACGAAUGUGAAUGCCACAACACUGCUUCGAAGAAUCACCCUGCUUGGUCCAGAGUGGAGCUGUCCUAGAGAUCGACACAUUAAUAUGUAUUGGAGUUUAUCAAUUAUUCUCUAAUUAAACAGUAACUUAUUAACUGUUUUAAUGUAUAAAAAAAUCUUGAUAAGUAAGAAUGUUUUAGAGCAUAAAAUCAUGUCAAUAAAGGUCGGAUUGAUAGUAAUAAAUUAUCUUGAAGUUGCUGUAUAAAUCCUUCUUUUUCUACGAAGGAAUAGUUGGUUGACUCUGUUAGUAUAUGUAUAUAUAUAUAUAUACAGUGACAAACAAAACCGAGUACAAAAUCUGAACACUCAUAGUUCAUUGAUCCUUCCAACUAACACAUAAGUCAAUUGAUAGAAUUACUUUUUUAUUGUGUGUAUUCAUCCAGUCUUCUAAAUGGAUGAAAAAUCUCAUUAUCAUUUGAAGUAGUGUUUGUGAGAAAAGUGUUGUAGAAGCACACAGACGUGCGUACUCAGUUUUGGUUGCUUCUUCUUGUUGAAUUUCGAAAUUUCAAUGUACACUCCUUGUUGCAAGAUUUGAGGGCAUGUUUUGUUUGUUGUGUUGCUCUUGUUGUGUACUAUCUAUAGUGAAAGUUGAUUUGUCAAUUGUAUCUCUAUGCCUUGGUUGUGUGAGUCAUUGAAGCACCAAGCAUUGGUGCAGCUUAGGAGUGGUGUUUCUACAAGAAAAGUUGCAGACUCACUUGGAAUGAGUCAGUCUUUAGUAGCUCAUCUGAGGAAGGAGAUUAGUGGUGAAAUAGAAAAGCAAAGAGGAGGACGUCCAAAGGUUUUAGGAGAGCAAGAGAAGCGACUUGGUGUGCACCUUGUCACUGCUGGUUGUCUCAAAACGGCGAGUGCAGCUGCAAAACAACUUCGAGAAAAAACAGGUAAACACUUCUCAGACAUCACCUUGAGGUGUGGUUUGAGAGAAGCUGGUUUGGGUGCUUGUGUGCAACAAAAGAAGCCUCUACUUGCCAAAAGACAUGUUCUUGCAAGGUUGAGUUUUGCUCAUAAAUACAAAAAUUGGACUGUUGAUGAUUGGAGAUGGGUUAUUUUCAGUGAUGACAAAGAUUAACCUAAUCAACUCAGAUGGUAGGUCUUGGUGUUGGUUGAGAGAAGGAGAACGACUUGGACCUAAACAUGUUAGUCAAACUGUCAAACAUGGUGGUGGUUCAAUUAUGAUUUGGAGUUGUAUGACUGCUUUUGGGCCGGGUGCUUGGUAUCAAAUUGAAGGUAGAAUGGAGCAACACUUGUACAAAAAAAAUUUAGAAACCUACUUGCAAAGUACCACACAAAAUUACAACUUAGAUCCUACUAAGGUGGUUUUUCAACAUGAUAAUGAUCCCAAACAUACGGCAAAAAGUGUUCAGUUUUGGCUAUCUUCACAGCCAUUUCAGCUCCUUUGAUGGCCAGCUCAAUCUCUAGAUUUGAAUCCAAUGGAACAUUUUUGGGCCCUUCUCAAACAGCGUUUAAGCCAAGUCACUCCAAGGCCAAGAGGUGUUCAAGAAUUGUGGGAGAAUGUUUGUAGUAUUUAUCCUAGUUUUGAUGCAAAAGAUUGUGAGAAACUAUACAAAAGUAUGCCAAGAAGGAUUUCAGCUGUUUUGGAAGCAAAAGGUUAUUGGACUAAAUAUUGAAGUUUGAAGAUUUUCUUUGAACAAUACUGAGUACAAGACAUAGUUGUUGAUUUGACUUUGUAGAAGGAUGUUUAGUUAUCAAUUUGAUGUGCAACUUUGUACGUGUGUACAAGACUGUGUGUAUUAUUCCAUGUAACUUUCAGAUUUAUAAAGCAAUCAUUGAAAUUU